CUGCUCCAUCGCAGACGAAGAUGGCAGACGAGGAAGCAAGGGCGGCUGCAGUGGUUGUGGCUGGGGAGGACACAGAGUCGGAGACAGAGACGGAGGAAGAAGAGGAACAGGAACAGGUGGAUGAGGUGAAUGAGGUGAGGGGGGAUGUACAAGGGGCAAAGAAGACAACAAAGCAAGCACGGCAGCAAUCAUCAUCGCCUUCGGGUGUUGUACAAGGCGAGGAUUCGGAGUCAGACGAAGAAGAAGACGAAGGCGACGAUGAGGAAGACAAGGGGGACAGGGAAGAAGAUGAGGGUGCACGCGAAACAGACCGCCAGACAACAAGCGACAGUGCACCGGCCAAGAAGGAACGUGUUGCAGACUCAGAAGCUGGCAAGAAAGCCGUUGCCGCCACAGAAUCCGACAGCACCUGCCCAGCGGCCACAGGCGGCGUGCCACAAACAGAGGUAACUGGCGCAUCACCCGUCCGCGAGGCGUACCUCAGAAAACACACGGCUCAGCUGCGGCAGCACGUGACGAAACUGAGCACAUCUCUCUCCAGCAGCGUUCACUCCACCAUCACGGCCACAUCCACCAAGCUCACGAAAGCCCAAAACACAACACAGGACACCAUCACGGCGGUCCGCUCGCUGUCGUCGCAGCUGUCGGACAUCAACACGCAGCUCGACGCGUACCUGCUCGAGCCGUACCUGCCUGCACACUGCACGGUGGAGGUGCACCACACGACCGUUCUCUCCGCAGACCCCGUGCCCUCGUCGCUGUCCACAUCGUCGCGUGUCAGCCGCACCACAUCCGCUCCGAUUACACGUCAUGGCAGUCCACCGCCGCCACCGCAGUCGUCGACAUCGACAUCGACAUCGACAUCGACGGGCGCCGUAUCCGGUGGUCACGUCACCCCGGCAGCAUGACACGUGUGUUGUGUGUGUGUUGUGUUGUGUUGUGUGUGUGUGUGUGUGUGUGUUGUGUG